UUUAUUCUCGAGCAAAUGAACAAGAAGCAUGUGGUUGGUGGAAAGCCUUAGUAAAAAUGACAAAAGGAGAUUUUCAUGUAGUAGAAUACAUUGGUUGGGAAACAACAUAUACGGAAAUUGUUCCUAGUGAUCGAUUAAGAUUCAAAAACUCAAAUCCUCCUAUCACUAAAAAUACUUUUCAUAAAUUUGAAAUUGAAGUACCCGAAGACUUAAGAGAAUAUUCUAAAAUGGAAUCUGCCCAUAAAGAUUUUAAGAAAGCUGUUGAUGCUGCAUUAUGCCGGUUUAAUCCUGAAAAAAAUUGCUUAACUAUUCUUUCAAAGGCAGAAACUUCAAAGAAGCGAGCUACAAUGCUUAGUGAAAUGCAUUUUCGUAACUUAAGACAGAAGGUUUUAUUAAUGAAUAGAACAGAAGAAGCAGCACGCCAAUUAGAGAGUACAAGGCUUCAUUCUAAUUCUGGAUUUAUGGAAGAGUUCAGUGUUAGGGAAGAUUUAAUGGGAUUAGCCAUAGGUGCCCAUGGAGCAAAUAUACAAAAUGCUCGAAAGUUAGAGGGUGUUACUGGAAUUGAUUUAGAAGAAACAACUUGUACGUUCAAAAUUUAUGGAGAGACCGAAGAAAUUGUAAAGAAAGCCAGGUGCAUGUUGGAAUAUGCGGAAGAAUCAAUUCAAGUGCCUAGAGCCCUAGUAGGCAAAGUGAUUGGAAAAAAUGGCCGCAUAAUCCAAGAAAUAGUAGAUAAAUCUGGCGUAGUUCGUGUCAAAAUUGAAGGUGACAACGAGAAUCAGACAUUAAAGGAAGAACAAUAUGAUGAAAUAGUAACACCAUUUCACAUUCAAGGGAUGCAGGUGCCAUUUGUUUUUGUGGGAACUAUGGAAAGUAUUACCAAUGCAAAAAUUUUGCUGGAAUAUCAUCUUGCCCAUUUAAAAGAAGUAGAAAAGUUACGACAGGAAAAAUUAGAAAUUGAUCAGAAAUUAAGAAACCAGAUGGGAUCUAUUCAGAACUUUUCUGUCCCUCGUCGAAGCGGUCCAGAACGUAAUUAUAAUUCUGAUGCAGAUUCUAAUCGAGGGAGAGGAGGUGGACCACCAAGAGGAAGAGGACGUGGUGCCGGACCAGGAAUGGGACCAGGACGCAGAUGGGGUGGAGGUGAUGCACGCUACAACAACAACAGUGGAAGUCAUUCAUCUUCUCUUAGUGAUUACAUUUCCAACUCACACAAACGUGGUGGACAUAAUUCGGGUCCUCAGAGAGGAGGAAAUUCUCGGGGUAGAGAAAGGGGAGGUGGAGGUGGAAGAGGCACUCCUACCAGAAAAUAACAGUAUGCAUUUAGAAAAAGGACCUAUACUAGGUUUAUGACCCUACGACCUAGCAUUGUCAAUAACCAUACAGCAUUCCACAUAUUGCUGUUGGUGAAUACUUGGAUUUGCCCUGAAUUUCCAGAGAUGUCAAACAGACUAAAAUUCCUCUUCACAUGCCAUCUGUGUGUUUGAUUUGUAUCCUAUAAGUAGACGUUUUACAUUUUUGAGUGAGUUGAUGGUAGGAAAUUGCUUCUAUACUAACUUAAUAAAUUUAGUAUAAUUUAAUGGUAACUCCAUUAAAUUACUAAAGGUUAUUUCAGCCUAUGUGGGUUUUCAAUAUCAAUAGUUUAAUUUGGAAGAAAUAAGUUUCUCCGGCAAGAUCAGUCAGUGACUGUUAAAAAAAAAACCAACCUACUGUGUAUUGUUUGACGGAUAUAUGACUUUUUUGUUUUAUUUUUUGAAGUCACAGUGCAGUUGUCACAAAUGUUUUGCACAAAGUGAGAUAAGGCAUUUAGUUUUUAUUUUUUGUGGUUGGUAUAGACUUGGUUAUUUAGUGACUUUUAAUUUGUGUGUUAUUAUUUUAAAGGAAAAAAAAAACUUCUGUUGUAAAGUGUUGUACCUGGAUGAACCAAGGACAAUACUAAAUUUCUUUAAAACACUUAUUAGUUUGUCAAUUUUAUCUUUAACAUGCAUACUGGUCCUCAAUUGUGGUCUUCCAGUUUCUGAAUUUGACAUUAAGAUUAGCUGUAUGUUUAUUCUGCUGUGUGUGCAUGCUUUAAAAAAAUAGUUUUUAAGAUAAUGUCUAGUAAUAUAGAACAAUUAUUAGAACAAACCAAAAAUAUAUAUAGUAUAAACCAGAAAAUUCUGCAUAAAAUAGAAAUAUGUAUUUAUUUCUGUAUGAAAAUAUUGUCAAAAAUUGCAUCUCUUGAAUAUGUCACUAAAUGAAUGUUUAAAAUAAUUGAAGAAAGAAGAUUGGAAAACAAAAAUUAACAUGAUGACAAGAAAAAAAAAGCUUAAAAUGUUUAUUAAGUUUAGUAUUAGAUAAUCAUUUUCUGUAUUUUAUACCAAAAGAAAAAAAAGAUAGGUGCAUCUACUGUUUGGAAGGGCUGUUUAAGGAAUUUUAGUAAUAAUUUAAACUCUAAAUUUUCAGCCAUGGCACCUAGAAUUUUCAUAUCCAGAAAUUAAACACCUUAUAUAUUGACUACUUAGAAAACUAAGUUUACCUGGCUAUGAUUUAACUAAUCCAGGAUUUGUCUUCACUGUUUUCCAGAAUUGUCAUGUAUCCUGGAAUUGUGUGAAAUCUCCUGAGAUUUGAGCCUCAAAUGAAUCAAGCAUGUAUCUGAAAAAACAAGCAAGGUUCAUGUGUCUAAACACCAUGUUACAUUAAAUUGACACAAGCUCAUAA